CGGUUGGCUUUCCCCUUGGUACGCUCCAAGAUGGCGGCCUCCAUACUGCGGCGAGGGUUUCUCCUGGCGCGGAAAGCGGCUCUGCCUCAGUUUUCCACUGCAGGAAAAAGAUGCCUGCUUUCUGCAGCAUAUGUGGAUAGCCAGAAAUGGGAAGCAAGAGAAAAAGAACAAUGUCAUCUUGCUGAUCUAGCAUCUUUAAUGGAUAAAACAUAUGAGAGAAAGUUGCCUGUUAGUUCUUUGACAAUAUCACGGUUUGUGGACAACAUUUCAUCUCGAGAAGAGAUAGACCAUGCAGAGUAUUACCUUUACAAAUUUAGACACAGCCCCAACUGCUGGUACCUGAGAGACUGGACUAUCCACACUUGGAUUAGACAAUGUCUAAAAUAUGGUGCACAAGACAAAGCCUUAUAUACCCUUAUAAAUAAGGUUCAAUAUGGAAUUUUUCCUGAUAACUUUACAUUCAAUAUACUGAUGGAUUAUUUCAUAAAGAAAGAAAAUUACAAAGAUGCUUUAUCGGUGGUUUUUGAGAUCAUGAUGCAAGAAGACUUUGAGGUGCCUUCUACCCAGCUUCUCUCCCUCUACGUUUUAUACCAUAGCCUGGAAAAGAAAACAGACUUCAGUUGGGAAGAGGAGAGGAACUUCGGUGCAUCCCUAUUACUCCCAGGCCUAAAACAAGAGAACUCAGUGGGCUUGAGUUCCCAGUUGUAUGGCUAUGCACUUCUUGGGAACGUGGAAUUGCGUCAAGGACUGCGGGCCGUGUACCACAACAUGCCUCUAAUGUGGAAACCAGGGUAUCUCAACAGAGCCCUUCAAGUGAUGGAGAAAGUGGCUUCCUCCCCAGAAGACAUAAAGCUCUGUAGAGAAGUGCUCGAUGUGCUGGACGUAGUGCUGCAGGCUCUGACUUCUCCAGCGGAUGGGUCUUCAGAGGAACAGUCCCAAGAAGGCGAAGACCACCAGGGAGCAGAAGACCUGGUAGAAAAUUUAGACACAAAGGAAACUGAACGGUCCAAGCUUCCCCAGUACCUGGAACGGUUUAAGGCCUUACAUUCUAAGCUACAGGCUCUGGGCAAAGUUGAGUCAGAAAGCCUUUUGACUCUGACCACCCAGCUUGUUAAGGACAAGCUGCCCACCUGUGAAGCAGAGGACAUCGCCAACUAUGAGCAGAAACUGCAGCAGUGGCAUCUGGAGCGAGUACAGUUGAUUCAGAGGGAACAGGAGCAGAGGGAGAAGGCAAGACAGGAGCAUCAGGCUCGGACAGCGGCAAAGGCAUCUGCCUAACGUGGCCCCACAGGGCCCCAGCCCCUCCUACAAGAACUUCACUCGGCCCCAUCAUAGGAUUCAUCAGUGACCAUGACAGCAGCCUCAGCUUCCUCCAUAUUUCUUCUGCUUUUCUUAAAGCAGGCCACAUAUGGUAUCCAAGCCAGGAUGCUCUACAUAGCUCUGAUGGAACAACAUACCUGGGAGGAAAGGGACAAAGGCAUUAUACUGGCAGGACUUUCAAGCCAAGAGCAGCACACGGGCUAGUCAAACCCACCCACUGUUUUGUAUUUUCAAGCGCUUCACAUUACACUUGACAAUAUGACUUUUGGAGCUCUUCAGAACCUGUCAUUUAAGAUCAAGUCUGAAGGGAAACCAUCACAGUGACUGCCCAUCCAGAUGCCAAGACGGGCUGUGAAACUAUGAAUAUAGCAAGUGGUUGAACUGGGACCUCCAGCUAAAUACCUUACAAGGUGGAGUUCCUGGGGGAUACAGACCAAUUUUGAACAUUGAAAGUUCCUAAUGCCUAGUGCUGGUGGUGGGAGAAGCUAUGUGACUGAAGUGUCAGGUCUAAAACACUGACUUUUGAAUGAUCUUCUCUCUCCCCAGCCCAGGCAAAUUGGGCCUAGGUGACCUGCAUGUCCUGAGACUUUGUACCCCAGUUUGCUGUCCGUUGAGCUGCUUGUGGGGUGCUCACUCAUUCCCAUGUUCUCAUUUCCACCAUGCUUCACUUUUCCAGACCAGAACCUGGGCUGCACAGAGAAAUCUAUACAGGAGAGAACCAGGCCAUGAACCUGCUUGAUUUCAAAUUUUAAUAACCCAAAGUGGCACUUUUAGAAUGUAAGGUCUUUUGAAGAGAAAGCUAGCCCCAGCUAUGAAGCCUCCUUGACUUGGCUUCUCCGUUACGUUGGGGUGAUGUUUUUUUUUUAAGAAAGCAUUGUCUCAGUUCUUUUAUCAAGUAGAUAAAAUGAGCCUAUUGCAUGUGCGCACGCACACGCACACACACACAACUUGUGAAUACACAUUUCUGUUAGAGACUUUGGAGAUGGGGCAUGAAAUGGAGACGAGAAUAAUUGUAAAACUGUCAGGAGGUGGAAAAUUUCUUUCUGAAGUUUCUCCUCUGUGGAAGGGGUAGAAGGCCACGUUUAGCUUGCUGUGUAAUUUUGCCUUUAAGUACAAUGGAGUAUUUUUACUCAUAAUUGCACUCUUUUAUCAAGAACCUGUGGAAAUAAAUGUUGUAAGAUUAUUUUGGUAUGCUCUUUAUUUUUUAGGAAAGGGAAGUGGAGACAAAGAAUCUCACCAUCAUUAUUUUUACUAUGAUUUUAAGAACAUGUCUUCAACCCUCCUCCCCCAUUAGAC